UGCAACUUCGAGCCUCGCCAAUCCUUAAUUUGUGCCGGUUCUUCAAACUGUAUCACUCCUUGUUGGCACGAUGAAUAUAUUUAUAUUCUGCUUCUUACUCAUAACAGUAUCGGCUGGGCCGAAAGACAAAAAGACCACUUUGGAGGACAUAGAACGGGACUACAUUUCCAAUGAAAGAAAAACAAAAUUAACACCGCCUCCAAAAGUUGCCACUCCCGCGCCGUCACCCACACAAUUUGGAUUCGUACCCAAAAAAACCGUUGCAGACUAUGCUCGACAGGAACAUAGGCCAGCCUACGUUCAACCUCAGUACACCCAGCAGUAUGUCCCACAACAGGCAGCUAAUGAUUACUCACAGUAUUCUACAGCACAGCAGUACAAGUCUACCGUACCUCAGAGUUACAGCGCUGGAUUACUGUAUCCUACUCCACAACAGAAAUAUACACCACAGAUUUCGAAUCAGCAGGCUUACAGCUACGUAACGCAGUUGCCAAAUCAAUUACAAAGUUUAGAGAAUGUGCAGUACAUAACUGAUAACAGCAUUAGUGCGCCAGCGACACAGCAAUAUUUUACGCCGCAGUAUGUUUAUUUCCAACAGUAUUCUUCGCCUAGUACUGCCGUACAGACCGUAGUGGAACCAAAAGGAGCUCUUCAGUAUGUCAUGUAUGUACCAGCAUAUGUCGCGUCUACAGCUGCCGACCAGGGUCAGAAUUAUGAAAACGUGUAUUCCGAAGAUGAUUCUCAAGCUUACACACCUUCAUACCAAGUAUCCCAAUCUCCUCAAUAUAUCACCCAACAACCGCAACCAAAACAACAGUUUCAGUAUGUACAACCAAAAAACAAACUUGCGUCGACAGAGUACAUCAUUAAGAGAGAACCGAAAAGCCUCUUGGAUUCCUAUAUACCUUCCAUCGUGCAAUUGCAGUAUUACAAACAAACCCAGCAGAAUUCUGUCCAAGAACCGGUUAAGGUAUCGCAAACUGUAAGCGGGAAGGAAUACGUUAAAAGUAGUUACAGACCCGAAGGACCGUCGGGUGCCGAAACUUCUUUAACUUACAGGUAUCAGCCCAGCUCAUACAGAAGUUAGAUAUUUUUUUUAGUCUAAGUAAGUAUACAUAAGUAUGUUUUAAGUUGUUUUUAUCGUGAUUAUUGUUAAUAUUUUUAAUAAUCUGCUCCUUUCGAAACUUCGUGUCUUCUGCGGCCAGUCUUCGUUUCUGUGUUUUUGUUGUGAUUUUAUUAUUUGUACCUUUGUAUAUAUAUAUUUUAAUAAAAUAUUUGUUAAACUGGA